GUCAAAGAAGAAAUUUAAUACUUCUUUGUCCAAAAACAAAAAUAUUGAGCUGAGUGCGAAAGAUCAGCAUCCAUCAGUGACCACACUAACACAAACCCCCCACCACCAACAAUGGCAGAACCCCCGUCACCACCAUCACCACCACAACCACCACCACCAGCGCAAUCCGUUUCACCGGAAAACGACGUCGCAAUGUCCCCCCAUAACCUCGACCUCCAAAACUCCUCCGAAGACCCUGACUCCUCCUUCCCCACCCAAACGACACCCGAGCCCGCCGUUCCAGACUCCCCGGACUCCACCACGACCCGACCCGACCCGAAUCCACCUCCGCGGAAACGACGCCGUCGAAAGAAGUUCUUCACGGAACUCACCACCGGGACCUCUACGCGCCGAAACGACGUCGCCAAGGACUGCGACGUGGAAGCCCUAAUCGCGAUCUCGGUAGGGUUCCCCGUGGACUCUUUAACGGAAGAAGAGAUUGAAGCAAACGUGGUUUCCACCGUCGGAGGCUCCGAACAAUCCAACUACAUCGUCGUCCGAAACCACAUAUUGGCGCGUUGGCGGUCCAACGUUUCGGUCUGGUUAACCCAUGACCAGGCCCUCCGGUCGAUCCGGUCCGAACACAAGGGUUUGGUCGAAACCGCUUACCGGUUCCUGCUGGAGCACGGUUACAUAAACUUCGGCCUCGCGCAUGAGAUCAAAACCCUAAAGCAGAAACCUUUCGAUGGGUCCGACCGAGGAACGGUGAUUGUGAUCGGUGCCGGGUUCGCGGGUUUGGUUGCGGCGAGACAAUUGGUGUUUAUGGGGUUUAAAGUUGUGAUUUUGGAAGGUAGGACCCGACCCGGUGGGAGGGUUAAGACUAAGAAGAUGAGUGGUGAUGGGGUUGAGGCUGCAGCGGAUUUCGGUGGGAGUGUCCUCACUGGAAUAAAUGGGAACCCUCUUGGGGUUCUUGCUAGGCAAUUGGGUUUGCCUUUGCAUAAGGUGAGGGAUAUUUGCCCUCUCUAUUUGGCUGAUGGGAGGAGUGUUGACUCUGAGGUUGACUCUAGGGUUGAGGUUUCGUUUAACAAGUUGUUGGAGAGGGUUUGUAAGCUGAGACAGGCGAUGAUUGAGGAGGUGAAGUCGGUGGACGUGCCGUUGGGGACGGCAUUGGAGGCAUUCCGAAGGGUUUAUAAGGUGGCUGAGGAUAAGGAGGAGAGGAUGUUGCUGAAUUGGCACCUUGCGAAUUUGGAGUAUGCGAAUGCAACUCUCAUGUCGAAUUUGUCGAUGGCAUAUUGGGAUCAGGAUGAUCCCUAUGAGAUGGGUGGUGAUCAUUGCUUCAUUCCUGGGGGGAAUGAGAAAUUUGUUCGUGCAUUGGCGGAGGAUUUGCCGAUUUUCUAUGGGAGGACUGUAGAGUGUGUGAAGUAUGGGAGUGAUGGGGUGCUGGUUUGUGCUGCUGGGCAGGAGUUUAGGGGGGACAUGGCGCUUUGUACCGUGCCAUUGGGGGUGCUAAAGAAGGGGGAUAUUGAGUUUGUGCCUGAGCUUCCUCAGAGGAAGAAGGAUGCUAUUCAUAGGUUGGGGUUUGGGUUGUUGAACAAGGUUGCAAUAUUGUUUCCUUAUAAUUUCUGGGGUGGGGACAUUGACACGUUUGGUCAUUUGACUGAGGAUUUGAGUAUGAGAGGGGAGUUUUUUCUGUUCUAUAGCUACUCCUCGGUGUCUGGGGGCCCGCUUCUGGUUGCGCUUGUUGCUGGGGAGGCUGCGAUUAGGUUUGAAAUGAUGUCGCCGGUGGAGUCUGUGAAGAGGGUGUUGGACAUUCUGAAGGAUAUUUUUAAUCCAAAGGGGAUUGUUGUUCCGGAUCCAGUUCAGGCGGUUUGUACUCGGUGGGGGAAGGAUCACUUUGCAUAUGGAUCUUACUCUUAUGUUGCGGUUGGAUCUUCAGGAGAUGAUUACGAUAUUCUUGCAGAGAGUGUUGGAGAUGGGAGAGUGUUCUUCGCUGGAGAGGCAACUAGCAAACAGUAUCCUGCGACUAUGCACGGCGCGUUCCUCAGCGGAAUGAGAGAGGCUGCAAACAUUUUGAGAGUGGCAAAGAGGAGGUCUUCGAUGACUAUUGAUACAACAAAAAGUGUCAACCAGGAGAAUGAUGAUUUGAACAAAUUAUUUGUGAAACCUGAUCUGACAUUUGGGAGCUUCUCUGCCUUGUUUGAUCUAAAUUUGAAUGAUCAUGAUUCCAGUUCAUUACUGAGGGUUAAAAUUGGAGGAGUUGUGUUGGACUCUGGCAGUCUUUAUCUUUAUGCCUGGCUUUCAAAGAAGCGGGUCAUUGAGUUGAGUCAGGUGGAGGGAGAUGAGAACAGGAUGAGAAUGUUAAACCGCAAUUUUGGGGUGAGUUUGGUUGGGAGGAAGGGUUUAAGUAGUGCUGCUGAAUCUCUUAUUGCUAACAUAAAACUUUCUAGACCCAACUUUAAUGAAGCGGAAAAUGGCCUUAUGGCUGAGAAGGAAAAUUCUUAGUAGCAUCUUAUAGAGAAUAUACCUCCGUGCUCAGUUAACUGUAUUAAACACAUUUUUCUGUUAAAUUCAAUUAGUUUCUGACCAUUUUUUCCCCAUUGUUAGCCAUUUUUCCCGAUGAUGUUCCAUAAUGAACAAAUUGAUUUGGCUCU